CCACAUUCAACCUCCAAGCGCCAACCCCGUUUGUCUGUCGAAUCAUUCAAAUCACCACCGCCUCUCUCCCAACCCAUCGCGCUCCCCGCUCGCGUCUUCAAGUACUAGCGAUCGUCGCACAACGCCUCACAUACCGAAGUCUGCCGAUAGAUCAGCUCGUCGAAGCGGCGGGGGCGGCCAACACACGAAAGGGGGGGUAAAAGAAGAAAAGAAAAGCGUGAGUGAGUCUCACGCGGGCGGGCAGAAGCACCAUAUAUUCCCUCGGCCCCGACGCACUGUGGAGGAGAAAGAUAAAGAGAGCGAGAGAGGGAGAGCGCCCUCCCUUUGCAGCCCGAACAAACAGACAUCUACGACUCAGGCGAGAAGGGCUCAACGUCAUACGCGAUGCCUUACUUCGAGACGAUCCAAGAAUGGCUCGACCAGUCGUCGCUGCUGCUUGAGGCGCGGCCCACCACCACGCGCGUGACCACGAAAUACUCCAUCAAGCCCGUCAAGCCCCGCGCCGCGAAACCCAAAGACCAGCAACAAAAUCAAGAACAACAACAACAACAAGACGAACAAAAACAAGCAGGAGGAGGAGGAGACUCCACGAAAGCCGCAGCAGCAGCAGCAGCGGCGGCGGCGGGCACCAGCAGCUCCACCAAGCCCCCGCGCGGCAGCCUCGUCUUCAAGACGUACGACCCCGUCAGCGGCACCACGCUCAAGUACCGUACCACAAAGGCCCAGGAGGUCUCCCGGCUGAUGGGCGCCGCCCUCGGGCGCCUGGGAAAGGGUAUGGCUGCCCUGCCUGCCGAGACCACCGAUGAGGCCAUGCCUGAUGCUGCCGCCGCGGCUUCUGGGGCGGGAGGACGGGGAGGAGGCGACGAGGCCGCCGGCAAGGCUGGGUCGUCCGGGCCCGCGACGCCGGCGCUGCAGCCGCAACAGCAGCCGCAGGGGGGUGCCGGCGGGGGCAAGAAGAAGAAAAGGAGCAAGAGGUAAAAAAGGCAGAACCAGGCUAGUUUGAAGAAUAUGGACACGGCUUAUUUGGCCUCGGCGCCAGUACUAUUGCGGGUAUGGUGCGAUAGACACAUAAAAGUCACACGAUCCAUGACCUGGCAUCAAAUCAUACUCGGCAGCUUGUUUACUUCUCCACGUCCUAUUCUUCAAUGCUCGUCUUUAGUGUUGUAGAAUACAUCAUGAUCCAUCCAAUACAGGCCGCUGUCCGGG